AUGGUAAGUAUUUUCAUUAAGAUAUGCUUUUCUUGGGUGUUUAAGCGUGUAUUUAAUUUUUUAGUCUGAAUCGCCUACUCGUAGUGAGAGAGCUAGCACUCCAACUCGAUCUUCAAGGCGCUUGAGAAAAGAAGAACCGGAGUUUGAUAUCGAAGAAGGUAAAUCACAAUUUUUUGGAUUGAAAAAUAAAAUUUAGCAAAACAAGCCGUGUCCAAAACUCCCACCAGAGCUCAAAGAAGUCCAAGAAAGCCAGAGGUUGACACUGGAGGCGGUAGAAAAUCAACAGCAAAGAGAUCGAGUUUGCGUGGAAAACAAGUUGAACUUAACCUUGGUAAGACGAUUCCAUUAAUGAAAAAUUUUGCCUAUCUUUAUUUUAGAUAGCCCUACUCCCACUAAAUCUCCAAAAAAUGCAGGAAAAGGCUUGGAAACGUCAAUUCGCGGGGAUAAGAUUGCCGUUAAUGGUAUAGCCAGUGAUAUUCGUCUUAAUAAUUACUUUAGAUUUGGUAAAAGAGAGUCCAGUACUCUCAAAAUCUCCAAAAAAGGGUUUGAAGAAGAUUGAAGACGCUGAAGAGGAUACCAUCACAUCAAUCGAACAUAAAGAUGACCCAAAACCCCCUUCCAAUAGUCCAAGAAAGAGUUUGGAAGCGAGCAAGAACACCAUUGACGCUGUAACGAGUUCUUCUUCAAAGUCUAAAAGUCCGAAAACGCCAAUCCCAGCUAAGAACACACCGACAUCCGAUUUUAAGGACGAAGAUGAGGAUAUUCAGGUUGUUGAUGGUAUGUCUUUAUUUUUCAUUAUUAUUAUUUAAUUUAGUUCCGGUUCUCAAAACUCCCAGCCCCAAGGAAGCCUUGAAAAAGAAAGAAUCCAAGAUCGGAACUCCAACAGUGGACACCGUUCCGGUUCUGAAAACUCCCAGCCCCAAGAAAGCCUUGAAAAAGAAGGAAUCCAAGAUUGGAACUCCAAAAGUGGAUAGCAAAGAGGAUGAUGAUAACAUUACAUGUGAGUUUAAUGGUUUUAUUCUUGGAAAAUCUGAUGGGUCUAUAUUUCAUGUUUUUUCAGAGAAAAUCAAACAGAUUUGUGUCGCAUGUGACAGAAUCAUGUCAUAGAUUCAGAAAGUAUUAAAAUUGAAGUUUCAACCUAAAAUUUCGUCCGUUAUUAAAUUUAGGAACAGGGGUUGUUUCACUAGGGAAGAUGAUUGGUUGAUAUUUGUGAAUCACAUAACAUUAUCCAAGGCCUAAAAUAAGUGUAGACAAUCAAGAACCUAAAAACGAGCCAUCUGUCUGGACCGCCGAUUUAAUCUAUAUACCCAUCAUUCGCAUAGAAGCUUUUUUAUUUGACAUUUCUACACAAAAAACAGUUGCUUGUAAAAAAAUUUUUAAAAUUGCCUGGGGAAAAUGUUUUUCAUUCUGGUAAUCUGUUUCAGUUAUCCCUUCGACUCCGCAAGUGAAGAAACUUUCAAAGAAGUCUGAAAUGGACAAAAAUGCUCAAACUUUGGUGGAAAAGGAGUCAAAUCCGAAAGCAAGAUCCGAACUUGAUGAUAUUGAAGAGGAGUCCAAAGUCUCGGAAAGCCCUAAACAAAACCCCAAGAAGCGGGAAUUGGAAAGAAAGGUGCCAAAGAAACCCGUUACUAACAGAGGAGGGCGCAGAAGUAAAGUGGACGAUGAAUUCUUCUCGGUUGCAGAAAUGAAUGAAAAGUUGGAUGAAUGGGAGAAGAACGAAGCCAGCGAGAAUAUCCUUGGGCUUUUGGUAAGAAUCGGAGUUUACGACUAAAGUUGUUUGUUUUUGUGGUUGUAAUCUUUUAAUGUAGGACGAUGACGAUGAAAGCGAUGAAGAAAUUAUGUACACCGACUUCUUCGACGAAGAUGAGCAACCAGCCAAGAAAGUGAGGAAGGAUGAAGAAGAAGAAAUCGAGGGCGGUUCUGAUGAAAGCAGUGAACUGGACGACAUGGGAUUGUAAGUAAUCAAUGUGUAAUGUGAUGAUUUUUAGGGAUUCGGAAACUGAGAAGCGAGGAUUUGAUUGGGAUGAGCCAGAUUCGGAUGAGGAACAAAACAAAUCUGUCAAUCAACCCUUCAAGAAGUUGUUCGCCCAACAGGAUGUGGAAUUUGAGGAGCCUAUGGAAGUCGAUACUACUCUCAAAUCACUGAAGGACACAUCAACAACAUCCCAAACUAAACUAAUACAAGAAUCGGAGGAUGAAAGUGAAUAUGAUGAGGAUUUAGAAGGAUCGAACGAAGAAGGAGAAGAUGAUGAGGUUAAUGUAACCAAUAUUUCUUCAUUAUCUAAGAAGGUCCACUUUAACGAUAAUGAGGAAUUGGAUGAACAGGAAGAUCAAGAGGAGGAGGAGACUAUUGUGCACAAUGAACUGGAGCCAGUUCAAUCAGACGAGGAGGAAGAAGAACUCUCUAGAUUCAAGAUAGAACAGAAGAAUGUAAGUGAUUCGAAUGGGAUUAUAUCACAGUGUUUUAGUUGAAGAAGGUGGUCAAGGAAUUGGAAGAAGAGAAUCUGGCACCCAGACCUUGGGAAUUGAGUGGAGAAGUUAAGGCCUCGCAGAGAGAUCAGGAUGGACUGUUGGAGAAGUAUGUGGAAGUCGACUACAAAGCAAAGACAGCUCCGGUCAUUGACGAAGAUGUUAAUGUGAGAAUUGAAGCCAUUGUCAAGCAAAGGAUCAAGGAUAAGGUGAUUGUAAUUGCGUGAUCUUCAAGUUUUUCUAGGCUUUUGAUGAUCCUAUCAGAACCAAGAGAGUCGCCCAAUCUCUUCAAACAUUCAGAGCCAAAACGCUGGAUGAUGUGGAGAGAAAAUCGUUGAUGGAAAUGUAUGAACAGGAAUAUAAGAACAAGGUUGAUUCGAAGAAUUCAAAAGCUCAACAAGACGAGGAGGAGGAAGAGGAGUUGGACGAGGAAUCGAAGGCAAUAAAAGCUCAAAUGAGCGAUAUCUUCUCCAAACUCGACCAACUUAGUCAUGCCAAAUUCAGACCUGGAGUUGUUGAUGACGAACCCAAAAUGAUUGUCAACAAACCGGCCAUCCAAGUUGAAGAAGUAGGCCAGAAGGCGUCCACUGCCCCAGAAGAAGAUCUAUUGGCUCCAGAAGAGAUCAAGAAGAGAGCCAAGGGAGUGAUCAAAUCGAAGGAAGAAAGGGAUAAAACUGAUAAACUUAGGGAACGCCGAAAGAAGAAGAGAAAGCAGAAGUAAGUGUAAUUUGAGAUUAGUAACUCUUAUUAUUAUUAUGAGGAUGCUAAAUGCUUGUAUUUCAGUGCUUUGGUUAAGAAAGGUGUGAAGAAGGAAGGAGAAUAUAAGGCUGCGAAGGAAUUGGAUGAAAAGGAAAAGGCCAAAAAGAAGCCCAUCAAGAAGGUGAAACAGGUGGAAUUCUACGAAAAGAUUCAAGAAUUGAAUCAGAAAGAAGCUCAGGAAAAGACUACGAAGGCCAAGAAGAUGAAAAAGAUCACAAAGACCAAGAGCGGAGGGAAGAAUGCGGCCGCUUUCAAACUCUAG